GAGCCAAAGCAGAGCAGAGCAGGGAGGCAGAGAGGUGGAGGGAGAUACAGCGAUAGACAAGAACACACCAGAGAUUAUACUUGAUGCCCCUCUCGGCGAGAUGGUUGAGUCCACGUCAAGGUUGCUGCCGCUGCUGUGCUAUCCUCAAAUCCACUGCUCACUUUUAGCUUCGUUCUCAGCGUCUGGCACAGCACUACGGAUCGCUGUCUCUGGCUGAAAAGGAAUACUUCCCAAACCUACAUACAUGUUUAGUUGUAAAUAUGAAAACUGUGCAUAGAGACGGAUACUACGCGGGAUCUAUCGAACUAUCUGACAUGAUCAAUAGAAGAUGCGUUAAAUGCUGCCGGGCGGAUUUAGUUCAAUCUAGAACCAUGAGGAUUAGAACUGGAAUUAUAUUCUGGAAUCUCAUAUUUUCAAUGAUGUUCUCGUGUGUGAAAGGGUUCAUUCAUACGUGUGGAGGGACAUUAAAAGGAAAGAACGGUACCAUAGAAAGCCCAGGUUUCCCAUACGGAUAUCCCAACGGGGCCAACUGUACCUGGGUAAUAGUAGCAGAACAAAUGAACAGGAUUCAUAUUGUUUUUCAAUCUUUCGCUGUGGAAGAGGAAUACGAUUUUUUAUCUUUGUAUGACGGACACCCACAUCCGGCACACUUCCGGACGAGGUUAACAGGAUUUCAGAUCCCACCUCCCGUCACCAGCACAGGGCCCAUAUUUUCACUACGGCUUACCAGUGACUUUGCAGUAAGCGCUCAUGGAUUUAAGAUGGCUUAUGAAGAGUUAAGGAGCAGCGCCUGCGGGAACCCUGGUGUUCCACCUAAAGGCAUCCUAAACGGAACACAGUUCAACAUCGGGAACACGAUCCGCUACAGGUGUGUGACGGGCUACGUGUUGGACGGUCACUCACUCCUUACCUGUGUCCUCAACACAGGCAAUAUGGCCGUCUGGGACUUCCCUGUCCCCAUCUGCAGAGCUGAGGACACGUGUGGAGGUACGCUAAGGGGGUCCAGUGGGAUCAUCUCCAGCCCUGAAUCCCUCAGUGACCUCUCCAACGCUGGGGAAUGUAAGUGGACGGUGCUGGCUGACCCUGGAGACACCAUCUCACUGGUAUUCACUGACUUCCAGAUGGAGGACAAACACGACUAUCUGGAGGUAGAAGGAUCAGAGCCGCCCACUAUCUGGUUAUCUGGUAUGAAUAUACCAGCACCCAUCAUCAGCAACAAGAACUGGCUAAGACUCCAUUUUGUGACCGACAGGAAUCAUCGACAUAAAGGAUUCACACUUCAGUAUCAAGUGAAAAGCUCUGGAGAGCUGAAAUCCAGAGGGGUAAAGUUACUUCCGGGAAAGGACAACAAUAACAAAUUGUCUUUGAUGAACGAAGGAGGAAUUAAACAGGUGUCCAAUUAUUGCCCGGACCCGGGGGAACCUGAGAACGGCAAACGCACAGGCUCUGACUUCAGCAUUGGAGCGAGGGCUCAGUUUACCUGUGAUGAGGACCAUGUGCUGCAGGGCUCCAAAACCAUCACCUGUCAGAGGGUGGCUGAGGUGUUCGCUGCCUGGAGCGACCACAGACCUGUCUGUAAAGUGAAAACGUGCGGAUCGACACUCCAGGGUCCAUCGGGGAUUUUCACCUCUCCCAAUUUCCCCAUCCAGUACGAGAGUAAUUCCCACUGUGUGUGGAUUAUCACUGCUAGUAACCCCAAUAAGGUUAUCCAGAUCAACUUUGAGGAGUUUGACCUGGAGAUCGGCUAUGACUCGUUAACCAUCGGAAACGGAGGGCAGGUUGGAGACUCCAGAACAAUAAUACAGGUCCUGACAGGCAGCUUCGUGCCUGACCUUAUUGUCAGCAUGUCCCAUCAAAUGUGGCUCCACCUUCAGUCUGAUGAGAGCGUGGGCUCUAUCGGCUUCAAGAUCAACUAUAAAGAGAUUGAUAAGGAGAGUUGUGGGGACCCAGGCACACCUCUGUAUGGCUUCCAGGAGGGCAGUGGGUUUCUGAACGGGAACGUGCUGCGGUUCGAGUGCCAGUUUGGCUUCGAGCUGAUUGGAGAGAGGAUGAUCACCUGUCAGAACAACAACCAAUGGUCUGCUAACAUCCCCAUGUGCAUAUUCCCAUGUUUCUCCAACUUCACGGCGGCCGUGGGCACUGUGCUGUCCCCUGACUACCCAGAGGGCUAUGGGAACAACCUGAACUGUGUGUGGAUCAUCAUCUCUGAACCCGGCAGCCGGAUCCACCUGGCCUUCAACGACUUUGACCUGGAGCCUCCAUACGACUUCCUCACCGUGAAGGACGGAGACCAGACGGGCUCGUCCAUCCUGGGGAGAUACUCGGGUGCCGAGGUGCCCUCUCACUUCAGCUCCAACAGCAACAUACUACAGCUGGAGUUCCAGGCAGACCACUCCAUGUCCGGAAGAGGAUUCAACAUCACCUACAGCACAUUUGGCCACAACGAGUGUCCGGACCCAGGCGUCCCUCUGAACGCCAGACGGUUCGGGGACAGUUUCCAGCUGGGUAGCUCUGUCUCUGUGGUCUGUGAGGAGGGUUUCAUCAAGACCCAGGGUGCUGACACUAUUACCUGCCAGCUGGAAGGGGGCAAGGUCAUGUGGAGCGGACCCAUCCCUAAAUGUGAAGCUCCAUGUGGAGGCCACUACUCUGCUCCAUCUGGAGUGAUCCUGUCCCCAGGGUGGCCUGGAUACUACAAGGACUCUCUCAGCUGUGAGUGGGUCAUCGAGGCGACGCCCGGACGCUCUGUCAAGAUCAGUUUUGACAGGUUCCAGACGGAGCUCAGCUAUGACUUCCUGGAGGUGCAUGAUGGUCCCAACCUGCUCUCGCCUCUGAUUGGCUCGUUCAACGGGACCCAGGUCCCCCAGUUCCUGUUCAGCAGUAGUAACUUCAUCUACCUCCUCUUCACCACCGACAACAGCAGAUCCAACAGCGGCUUCAAGAUCUUCUACGAGAUUGUGACGUUGGACACAUCAUCAUGCAUGGACCCUGGGAUCCCGGUGAACGGCGUGCGGUACGGCCAUGACCUGGCCAUCGGGUCCACAGUGUCGUUCCAGUGUGACCAGGGAUACAGGCUCAGUCAUGAGGAACCACUGGUCUGUGAGACGAACCACUGGUGGAGUCAUCCUCUGCCCACAUGUGAUGCAUCGUGCGGUGGGGACGUGAGAGGACCUGGUGGUAUCAUUCUGUCUCCUGGAUAUCCAGAACUCUACCCUAACUCUCUAAACUGCACCUGGACGGUGGAGGUCGGACACGGGAAAGGGGUCCAGUUCAUGUUCCAUUCCUUCCACUUGGAAGAUCACCACGACUACCUUCUGAUCACUGAGAACGGCAGCUUCGUCGUGCCUUUAGCUCGCCUCACCGGCUCCGAGCUCCCAGCGCCCAUCAACGCAGGCCUCUACGGGAACUACAAGGCUCAGCUUCGCUUCAUCUCAGACUUCUCUAUUUCCUUUCAAGGAUUCAACAUCUCUUUCUCAGAGUAUAAUCUGGAGCCGUGCGAGGACCCGGGGACCCCCAGGUUUGGCUGGCACACAGGCAUCAGCUUUGGCAUCGGAGACUCGCUGGUUUUCUCCUGCAAUACGGGCUAUCGCCUGAAGGGGGCGAGGGAGAUCUGGUGCCUGGGAGGCGGACGCCGCAUGUGGAGUGCCCCUCUGCCAAGGUGUGUGGCGGAGUGCGGAUCAACCGUUUCCAACAGCGAAGGAGUCCUGUUGUCUCCCAACUACCCACUAAACUACGACAACAGCCACGAGUGUGUCUACAGCAUUCAGGUGGAGACAGGAAAGGGCAUCAACGUCUCAGCAAGCACUUUCCAACUGGCACAAGGAGACAUUCUCAAGGUCUAUGAUGGAGGGGACAGUGCUGCUGCUGUUCUGGGUACCUUCACCGGCUCCACCAUGUUAGGCCUGGUCCUCACCUCCACCUCCAAUCAUCUGUGGCUGGAGUUCUACUCAGACCAGGAGCACACAGCAGGGGGCUUCAGACUCAGCUACUCCAGUUUUGAUCUGUCUCACUGCGAGGAUCCCGGGGUGCCUCAGUUUGGGUUCAAAGUCAGCGACCAGGGGCACUUCGCUGGCAGUGCCAUCACGUACGGCUGCGACCAAGGUUAUUCCCUGCACGGAAGUGGCAUACUCAAGUGCAUGACCCGAGAGAGAAGAGCAUGGGACAACCACCUCCCCUCAUGCAUAGCGGAGUGUGGCGGUAGGUUCAAAGGUGAGUCUACAGGGCGCAUCCUGUCUCCUGGAUAUCCCUUUCCUUACGACAACAACCUGCGCUGUACCUGGACCAUCACAGUCAACUCUGGCAACAUCGUCAGCCUCCAGUUCCUGGCGUUCGACACGGAGGCAUCUCACGACAUCCUGGAGGUUUGGGACGGACCAGCAGAAAAUGAGAUGUCUCUGAGGGAGGUGUCUGGCUCCUGCUCCCCCGAGGGGAUUCACAGCACCCUCAACGUCGUCACCAUUCAGUUCCAGACUGACUUCUACAUCACCAAGUCUGGCUUCGCCAUCGACUUCUCAAGUUCAGUGGCGACAGCCUGCAGAGAUCCAGGCAUGCCUAUGAACGGCAGUCGUAACGGAGAGGGGAGAGAACCAGAUGACACGGUGACCUUUUCCUGUGAUCCAGGAUAUGAGCUGCAGGGAGAGAGCAAGAUCACCUGCAUCCAGGUGGACAACAGAUACUACUGGCAGCCCAGCCCUCCCAGCUGCAUUGCUCCCUGUGGAGGUAAUGUAACGGGAUCAUCAGGAUUCAUCCUCUCUCCCAACUUCCCCCUCCCCUACCCGCACAGCAAAGACUGUGAUUGGCUGAUCGCUGUCCACUCAGACUACGUCAUAUCGCUGGCUUUUAUCAGUUUCACAGCACCGUGCGGAGGCCGCUCGACAGGGUUAGAGGGGACCGUCCUGUCCCCAAAUUACCCCCGUAAUUAUACCCAGAGUCUGACCUGCGUCUACCACAUCUUUGUCCCCGGGGACUUUGUGCUGUUUGGCCAGUUUGUGGUGUUUCAGACGUUGGUGAGUGAUGUUGUGGAAAUCUAUGACGGACCAACUCCAGACUCUCCUGUCCUCUCGUCCAUCUACGGCUCUCACUCAGGAGAGACUCUACCUUUAAGUUCUGGGAACAAAAUCACCGUCAAGUUCACCACCGUGGGUCCAGAGACAGCCAAGGGAUUCCACUUUGUUUAUCAAGCUGUCCCCAGGACCAGUGCAUCCCAGUGCAGCUCUGUGCCGGAGCCCAGGUUUGGGAAGCGGAUAGGGAACGACUUUGGCAUUGGCACGGUGGUGCUGUUUGAAUGCAAUCCAGGCUACGCUCUGCACGGCGCCACUGCCAUCAGGUGUGAGGCCAUCCCUAACACUGUGGCUCAGUGGAACGGCACUGUGCCCACCUGCAUAGUUCCCUGUGGAGGGCUGCUGACAUCUCGUAAGGGAACCAUCCUUUCUCCUGGUUACCCAGAGCCCUACGCCAACUAUCUCAACUGUAUCUGGAAGGUCUCUGUGCCAGAGGGAACAGGCAUCCAAAUCCAGGUCAUAACCUUUGCCACGGAACACAACUGGGACUCCUUGGACUUUUUCGACGGCGUCGAUGGCAACGCAAGGCUUGGCAGCUACUCAGGUACGACCAUCCCCCAGCUCCUGAACAGCACCUCCAACAACAUCUACCUGACCUUCCAGUCCGACAUCAGUGUGUCUGCAGCAGGCUUCCACCUGGAGUAUACAGCAAUAGGUUUGGAUUCAUGCCCAGAACCUCAGCACCCCCUCAACGGUGUCAAUGUGGGCCAGCGCUUUACUGUGGGGGACAUGGUUUCCUUUCAGUGUGACCAAGGCUACUCUCUGAAGGGUAAUGAAUACAUAACGUGUAUGCCAGGGCCCGUCAGACGAUGGAAUUACCCCGUACCUCUGUGCUUAGCUCAGUGUGGAGGCUCUAUGACAGAGUUCAGUGGAGUGAUCCUGAGUCCAGGCUUCCCAGGGAAUUACCUCAGCAGUCUGGACUGUAGCUGGAGCGUACAGCUCCCCGUGGGCUUCGGCAUUCACCUGCAGUUUCUAAACUUCUCUACUGAAGCGGUGCAUGACUAUCUGGAGGUGCGGAGCGGGAGUUUGGAGACGGGUUCUGUGAUCGACAGGUUCAGUGGGUCCGUUGUGCCUGGCUCUCUGUUCAGCACCACACAUGAGACCAGCUUCUUGUUCCACAGUGACUACUCUCAAAACAAACCUGGCUUCCACAUCAUCUAUGAGGCCUAUGAGCUCCAGCGCUGCCCUGACCCGAGGCCGUUCCGUAACGGCGUGGUGAUAGGCCGAGACUUCGGGGUGGGCCUGACCAUCUCGUUUGAAUGCCUGCCAGGUUACACCCUGAUAGGAGAGGUCUCACUCACCUGCCUGCAUGGGGUCAGCAGAAACUGGAACUACCCUGUACCAUGCUGUGAAGCCCAGUGUGGUGGUAAUAUCACGUCUCUGAAUGGGACCAUCUAUUCUCCCGACCACCCAGCAGAGUACCCUAACUUCCAGGACUGUCUGUGGAGUGUACGGGUUCCCCCAGGGAAUGGUAUCUACAUCAACUUCACCGUUCUCAACACUGAACCCAUCUACGACUACAUCACCGUCUGGGACGGCCCUGACCAAGGCUCUCCUCAGAUUGGUCAGUUCAGUGGGAACACGCCCCAGAAAGCGGUCUAUACCACAGCCAAUCAUGUCCUCAUCAAGUUCCACAGUGAUUUCAGCACUAGCGGGUUCUUUGUACUUAGUUACCAUGCAUACCAACUGAGAGUGUGUCAGUCUCCUCCAGCUGUUGCCAACGCAGAAAUCCUCACAGAACAUGACGAGUUUGAAAUAGGGGACAUCAUCCGGUACCAGUGCCUGCCAGGGUUCACCCUGCUGGGCUCGGAGAUCCUGACGUGCACUGGGGAGAGGCUCCAGAUGGACGGCCCUCCACCUCUUUGUCAAGUACAAUGUCCUGCUAACGAGGUCCGCUUCGACUCUACGGGGGUGAUCCUGAGUCCUGGCUACCCAGACAGUUACCACAACCUCCAGACGUGUUCCUGGCUCAUCAACGUAGAGAAGGGCUACAACAUCACCCUCCACUUCCAGCUCUUCCAGACAGAGAAGGAGUUUGACAUCCUGGAGAUAUUUGACGGUCCUAACAUCUACAGCCAGAGCCUGGCGUCCCUCAGCGGUGACAUCACCACGCCCUUUAACCUCACGACCUCUGGUCAUCAGUUGCUUCUGCGCUGGUCGUCUGACCACGGCACCAACAGGAAGGGCUUCCACGUCAGAUAUGUGGCGUUGUACUGCAGUACUCCAGACUCCCCCCAGCAGGGUUUUGUAGUGAGCCAGACUGGAGGACAUCUCAACAGUGUGGUUCGUUGGGGCUGUGACCGGGGCUACCGGCUUAUUGGAAAGGCCACAGCUGUCUGUAAGAAGACGGCCUAUGGGUAUUAUACCUGGGACUCAACGGUACCUGCAUGUCAAGCGGUGUCGUGUGGAGCGCCCACUGCGCCCCUGAAUGGAGGUGUGCAGGCUGUUGAUUACUCCGUUGGUACACGUUUAACCUACUUCUGCAACAACGGCUUCAGGCUCUCCUCCAAGGACCUCACCACCACCGUCUGCCAGCCUGAUGGCACCUGGAGCAACCACAACAAAAUACCCCGCUGCCCAGUGGUGGUAUGUCCCAGUCUGGGCUCCUUCUCUCUGGACCACGGGAAGUGGACGAUCGUCAACGGGUCCAGCUAUGAGUUCAGAACCAAGGUGGUCUUCAGCUGUAACCCGGGUUACUACCGGCUCGGCCCCGCUCACAUCCAGUGCUUGGCCAAUGGGGCGUGGAGCUGGAGGAACGAACGACCUCGAUGCAGAAUCAUUUCCUGUGGAGAGCUGCCCACUCCUCCUAAUGGGAGAAAGAUUGGAACUCAAACUACCUUUGGAGGGUCGGCCAUCUUCAGCUGCAACCCUGGAUACAUCCUGGUGGGAUCCACCGUGAGGGAGUGCAUGCUGUCAGGACUGUGGAGCGGCAUAGAGACUCAAUGCCUGGCUGGUCACUGUGGUAUCCCGGAGCAGAUUGUGAAUGGCCAGGCGAUAGGGGAGAACUUUGGUUACAGAGACACCGUGGUCUACCAGUGUAACCCAGGCUUCAGACUCAUAGGAUCCUCAGUACGCAUCUGCCAGCAAGACCACCUCUGGUCCGGACAGCUGCCGCUUUGUGUCUCAAUCACAUGUGGCCAUCCAGGCAGUCCCAUCUAUGGGAGAACUACAGGGGAUGGAUUCAACUACAACGAUGUGGUCAGCUUCUUCUGUAACCAAGGCUACGUACUGGAGGGAGUGUCCAGAGCCCAGUGCCAGGCGAGCCGCCAGUGGAGUCAACAGCCGCCUACAUGUAGAGUGGUGAACUGCACAGACCCAGGCAUCCCAGCUAACUCUAUCAGGGAGAGUAAGAUAGAGCACGGUAACUUCACGCUGGGCAGUGUGGUGUUCUACACCUGUAACCCUGGAUACUACUUGUUUGGUUCCUCUGCGCUGACCUGUCAACCUAUUGGCCACUGGGACAAACCUCUACCUGAAUGUCUUGAGGAGGACUGUGGAAACCCUGGCUCUCCUCCCUACGGUACCAUGGUUGGGGAAAAGUUCUCGUUUGGCUCCACGGUGCAGUACUCCUGUUCAGGGGACAGAGAGCUGAUUGGAGAGUCAUCACUCACCUGUCAAAUCAAUGGACACUGGAGCGGCCCCAUACCUCACUGUUCAGGAGACUCUGUAGGCAGCUGUGGGGACCCUGGUACACCCGUCCAUGCAAGCAGAGAGGCCAGCAACUUCCAUCUGCGUAGUAAAGUCCGCUUCACCUGCGCUGUGGGACACACACUGUAUGGCUCAGCUGAGAGGAUCUGCUUUCCCAAUGGAACCUGGUCUGGGAGACAGCCCUUCUGCAAACCGGUGCACUGUGGUAACCCGGGGACCCCUGCUCACGGCCGUAUUUUCCGGGUCGACGGUACGACCUUCACCCACUCUGUAGUCUACUCCUGUAUGGAUGGAUACCUCCUCUCAGGCACGCCCACCAGACACUGUCUGGCCAACGGCACCUGGUCCGGCACCGCUCCUAACUGCACCAUGAUCAGCUGUGUAGACCCAGGUGUUCCUGCUAAUGGUCUGAGGUUUGGAGAGGACUUCACUGUGGGCCAGAACAUCACCUUCAUGUGCCAGCCUGGCUACCUGAUAGAGGCAGGCGGGGCCACAACUCGCACCUGUACCCACAAUGGCACCUGGAGCGCCAUCACACCCAUCUGCAAAGUGGUGACCUGCCCUGCGCCUCCUCCCAUCCACAACGGGCUCCUGGAGGGAUCCGUGUUUGAGUGGGGUACCAGCGUGAGCUACAGCUGCCUGCCCGGGUACCAGCUCUCCUUCCCGGCUAUCCUCACCUGUGUGGGCCUGGGCUCCUGGAGAGGAGAUCUGCCUCAGUGUCUGCCCAGGUUCUGUGGAGACCCUGACCCCAGCCAGGGGAAAAGAGAAGGACGUAGUUUAAUCUACAAGUCUGAGGUUACCUUCAGCUGUAGUGCCCCCUAUGUCCUGGUGGGGUCAACUACACGCAUCUGUCAGGACGACAGCACCUGGAGCGGCUCUCAGCCACGAUGCAUAGAACCAUCCAGGACGACCUGUGAGAACCCGGGAACACCUGAAUACGGCUCCAUGAACAUCAGCCUGGGCUUCAAGGUGGGCAGUAAGGUGGAGUUCCAGUGCCAGCAGGGCCACCUACUCCAGGGUUCCACCACCCGACUCUGCCUGUCUGACCUCACCUGGAGCGGCUCUCAGCCAACAUGCAUCCCCCACUCGUGUAAGCAGCCCAAGUCCCCUCCCAAUGCAGAUGUGGUUGGGAUGGAGCUGGCUCCGUAUGGCUACACCCUGCUCUACUCCUGCCAGCCUGGCUUCAUCCUGUCUGGGGCAGAACACAGGGUCUGCAGGUCUGAUGGAAGCUGGACCGGUAAGGUCCCCAUCUGCAGAGUGGGCUCCAAACUGACAGAGAAACCUACCGCAACCUUACAGGGAACGCCAAGCCCCAACAUACACGUCCCUGAUGACGUCUUCGCCCCUGAUUUCAUCUGGAGAGGCUCCUAUGAUUAUAAGGGUCAGAAACAACCGAUGACUCUGACUAUCAGUAGUUUUAACAGCAGCACGGGAAUAGUGAACGGGACUCUAACCGACAGCAACAUGGAAUUCCUGCUGUCUGGAGUGUAUAAGAACCGUGAGGCCAGGUUAAUGCUGCUGCUGUACCAGAUGAAAGCCCUGUCCCACAGCACGUAUAGCCGGGUUACCGAGGAGACCUGGGCUAUGGAUGGUUUUGUCUCAGCUGAACCUGACGGUGGCAGUUUUGUAUUCCAAGGCUUCAUACAGGGGAAAGACUAUGGACUAGGGAUGCAGAGACUAGGUAUGAAGGUGAGAGAGACCAACAUCACAACUACAGCUCCUCCUCAUGUCACCAACAGUAGCUCUAUGGCCAUAGCCAUCCUGGUACCUUUCUUUGGCCUCGUGUUGGCAGGCCUGGGAUUCUAUCUCUACAAACAACGGAAAACAGAUCAGACCCAGUACACCGGCUGUUCAGUCCACGAGAACAACAACGGCCAGGCGACGUAUGAGAACCCCAUGUACGACACCAACACCAAGUCUGCGGAGGGGAAAGUGGUUCGCUUCGACCCCAACCUCAACACCGUGUGCACUGUGGUUUGAAGAUGUGUGUGUGUGUGCCAAACGCGCCGGGGUUUGACGAUAGUUUGCCGAACAGAAAGCUUGUUCAGAAAUGCGGCACUGGUUUGAUGCAACACUCCGCACCGCGGUUUAACGAUGGUGUUUGACGUGUGCGACGAACGGAAUUGCUUGAGAGUUCUUUUGGUUUUUCAAAAAUGGAUGUCUUGUCUUUAUAAUAUCUCUCUGCAACGAGUUUCUGAAGACUGCACAGCACAGCCUCGGGAAACAGGACAGCAAAGCACACCUUCAGGAACAAUAGUUGUGUGUGUGUGGAUGAUGGAUGGGUGAAUCAGCAAGCAGUGUUCAAAAUGACACUGUCCUCUUUUAAAACACAUGUUCACCUGAUUGGUGAAGUUAUUCCUAACUACACUCUGAGAGUGGAUGCUAUGUGAAUAACGCCGUCCGACAUGUUGGUACACAGAGUUGUUUACGCUCUAGUCAACAUCAAACAAUGGAGCGUUGUUAAGGCAACCAAAUGGAACCCUAGUCUUUUCCACUUGUAGUUAUCAGACCUGGGUUCAAAUACUAUUCCAAUUCCUUUAGCCUUUGUUCUAGUCUGCCUCGGAGUGCCAGAGGGGUG